AUGGUCUCAGCCUUGGCCUUCUGCGAGAAGACCUCUGCUGUAUUCGCCCUCUCCGCGCAUAAGCGCGUGAGCAUUUGGGACUCCAAGACUUUUGCCUGCCUGCAGAAGUAUCCAGCGGAGCUUAUGACGUGUGGCUCCGAUCUGAGUGCCAUGGGAGCCUUUGAUGUACCCAAGCUCUCCCUGUCGCUCCUGGUCUUGGCUGGCGUCGAUGGCUCCCUGUGCCUCCGACGCAUCACGCGACGGACGGACAGUAAGCUGAACUGCAUCCUCCUUUGGUAUCGUGGCGAUGCCGGCGGAGAGCUGGGCUGCCCCGUCACGGCGCUCAACUUCCACGAGGACACAGAGAUGGUCCUGCUCGGCGAUGCAGGCUGCCGGGUGCAGCUCCAGAACAUCCGCGAGCACGUGACCUCGGCUGCCGAGCUUAUGCAGCCGGGCCUGGCGAAGCGCGUCACCGGGCCGGAGGAGAACCUGAGCGGAACAGGCAGCACAGUGCAGGGCAUCACCGAGCCCUCCCCGUCGCACAGCGAUGGCCCUCCCUUGCCGCCUCCGGCGGAUUCCCCCCCGGAGGUCAGUCCGGCCUCUGCCGGCUCUGCGCCGGAGCGGACGGAGGCCAAGACAGAGGAGCCUCAGACGCGGGACGGCUACCCUGGAGAAACCACCAGCUCCGCCGCUUUUCCGGUUUUCAAUGGCGACUCCUGA